AUGGAAUAUAAUAUUAUCACAACUAACAAUGAUCAUGAAAUAAUCGGAAAUAUAUAUGCCGAUUUAUAUAUAAAUUACAGUAUUGAAAAAGGUAAAGAACAUGAUGAAAGGAAGAUACAAACUAAAGAAAAAUCUUUUCAAAGAGAUGAUUCAAAUGUUUUAAAAGAUUCUUGGAAGUCGCCAAGUGAUCUGCUUAUUGGAAAAAUACAGCUUAAACCAGCGUUUACUUCAAAAACAACUAGGGGUAUAGCCCAUGAAGGCAUUCUUAAGAUCGGAGAUGACAUAUUGCAUAAAAAUCAUGAGAAAUUUCUAGCUUCACUUACAGGAAUAUUGCAAGAAAACGAUGCUUGUUGGAGAUUUAUUUUGAAAAGUGAACAAGAAGCCAUUUUAAAAAAAGUGAAAUGUAAAUACGAAAAUGUUUUUAAAAAUAAAAUGAGUAUAAUGUCUAAAGAAAUUGCCAAAUUUUAUGAAGAUACUCUUAAAGAACUGGAAUUGCAUGUAAAAACAGAAGUCCAAAAGGUAACAAAUAGUUUACAUGCUAGCAUGAUUAGCUAUUCAAACAACCAAAUACGUUUAAAAUUGCUAAAAGAAAGAAAAAUACCCGAACAACACUUAAAUAAAACUUAUGUAAAUGAAAUUAAUAAAAUUGAAGAAUAUUACGAUCUUCUCUUGAAACAUGAAUACGAAAGGUCAGCUAGACUCACUAAUUAUGCGCUCAAUGAAAGAAAUGAAACAUUAAACGUUUUUUACAAACAAGCGUUGUGUGAAAGACUAACAAGCACAAUGUAUGUAAUGUGCACAGAAAGAAAGAAAUGUAAAGUAAAAAAAAUACUAUUAGAAAAAUAUCACAGUAAAGAAAUAACUGAUUUGAUGGAAAAAAUUAAAAAAGGAGUAGAUUUAUUAAAUUCAUUUAAAGAAAAGGAAGUUGAUAUAUCGAUGCUAAAUAAUCACUGGGAAGAGAAAAUUAAAAAAAUAGUUCAAUUAUUUUUGAAAUUUAUUACUUUUUCUUUAAAACUUAUUCCAGAACAAACACAGUUUUUACUUGAUUUAGAAAAAAUGGUACAUUUACAGCUAGAAGAAGUGAAAAGUAGUGCAAAAUCUCCAUCAUCACUAUUGCUAGAAGAAGACGAUGUUCAAAAUAUAUUUAAUUUUGAUCACCUGGAAUCAAGUUACUCCUCUCACGAUAUGUGUGAAAUGGAACCAUUUGUCAUUGAAGGAACCUUAUGUGACACACCACCAAUAAAUUAUGGCAGUAGAGAAACAUUACCUUUAGAAGUUGAUCUACCUAUAAUUAGAGUACAGAGAAAAUUCACUUAUGCUAAAUGCCAUGGUUUUGAAAAAAUUACGAAGUUUUUACAAUCCAAGCGAUGUAAGUGUCAUUCACUGCCAGUACAGAUGGAAUCAGAACCAUCAAUAUCAACAACAAAAACGCCAUUGACGCAAUCAAGUACAUCGAAAAGUUCAGAUCCAGAAAUUCUUUUAUUUGAAGAUAUUCACCGCCUAAGGGAUUGCCCUGAAGUAAAAUGUACUAACUUGUUUCCCAAAAAUUCUUUCCCUUAUUUAAAUACUUAUUUAGAUUUUUCAGAAGAAAAUUACAAAAGGGUUAAAUCAAUUUGUAGUGCACCAACUGAAGUGUAUAAAGAGACAAUUCUAAUAGAUGCAAAACACAUCGCUAAUUAUGAUUUACCGUUCUCCGCGACAAAAGAAAAGUAUCAUAAUGUGGAGACACAGUACUGCAGUGAGGAAGACAUAAGACUACCAAAUCAUAAUACUUUAAUAAUUGAAAUGACUACAAGCGUUUGCAAAGUAAAAGAAAAGCGUAACAUCAUGGUCGUCAGACCUUCGAAAUAUGAAAGAUUGGAAGCGGUACGGAAUAAUAAAAAAUAUUGGAAAAACACUUUAUCACAAUUACAUGAACAUAAAAAUCAACCUAUGGAUAGAAACGAAAUGAAGAAUCUCUCAGAAGUUAUGUCUAAUGAACUUUGCGAUUGUGUUUGUAGCGUUUUAGAUUUUGAUGACUUAAGACAAUCUAAUGAACAGAAAGUAAACUUACCCGAACUGACUUACCGAAAAUUAAGAAAAGAACCUUUGCUAUCAUAUAGAAAAUCAAUAGUAAUUGACAGUGAAUUAGAUUCUGAUACCGACGUCGAAAUUUGCAGCAGCGAAGAUGAGAAGGAAAUUUUGAAUAUCCACCAACAAUUUUUACGUAAACCUGUGCGAGACCAAAUUACCUGGAAUACACGUUUCCUUCAACCGGAGAGAGAAGAUCAGAAAAGUCUUGAAAAAAAAGCGAAUGACCUCACAGAAAGGAUUACACAAGAGUUUUGUGAGUACAUGAAAGCUUUAGGUGGGGAUCAACAAUCACAAUUGUUUACAUCAAAAACUAUUAAAGAGUUGUUUCAAGUUGAAUUUGACACUCAUGUCACCCGCAGUCUUCAAAUAGUACCUAAAGAGAUGCCUACCGUUAUUGACAAAGUAGCCGCAGCAACCGGAAAUUUGGAGCUAUCGCGCAAUGCUGCAUUAGCAAGAGAAAUAUCAAAAGAUAUUAAAGCAGAACGACGCCCAGAUAAUCUUCGGGCUUUUGGACGAAGUCUUCCCAGGCAAGACCAAUGGCGUGCUCCGAAGAAUGAUACGAAGAACCAGUGGCAUUCCGCUAGGCAUGUGCCUAAAGAUUUGGUUACAUUAAAGACUGUGUGGGAAGGCAUCACUAAUUUAAGAAGUGUGAAAGAAUACUGCCGUUGGAUGAUCCAGCAUCCAGAACAUAGACGUGCCCCUUAUUUAAAUAGCUUGGGUAUGUUCGACCCCACUGUGCUUAACUCAAGACUUACGAUGGAAUUGCAACUAAGCACAUCACCACCAACGACCCCCUAUUUUCCCGAGAUUCGAGAUUUCCCCUCUAACGACAAUAUGCCGGCGCCCAUCGAACAACUUCGACGUAGACUAUCAGAACUAGUAGACGCUAAUCAGACACUAUAA